UCUCAUAUUCGUCUGCUAUACUGGCAAUCUUAUCAACCAACCGAUCUAUUUCUUAUUCGUCGCCAGGCUUUCCAAAUUUUUAUCUUGAACAAACUCCAGAAUACUGCCGUGAUAAAUCUGUUUCGACUCAAUCUUUUUCAUCUUUUCCGACGGAAUAACUGUUCAGCUUCAAAAUGGUUGUGAAAUUUUACAUUUCCAUGGUUUCUGGAAAUAAAGAGAUGAAGAAACGACAAAUGAAAGCCCAGCUUAUCAUGGAGAGCAAAGGAGUGAACUUCCAGGUGAUAGACAUUUGUGACCCCAACAACGAGGAUGAGAGGACUUUCAUGAGGAAGAAUGCAGUAGGCAGAAACAACGCCAGGAAUGCUGUCCCACCUCAGUUUUUCAACGAUGAUCAUGAAGAUUCAUACUGUGGAGAUUAUGAGGGCUUUGACGAGGCUGUUGAAAAUGACCGCAUAGAAGAGUUUCUGAAGCUUCCUCGUGGCUCACUACCUCAAGUACCUGUCAUCAAUCACAAUCUUUUCGGCAGUAGAGAUGUAUCAAUGGAGAAAGAGAUUCCCCAACUCAAUGGAGCUGUCCCUAGUCCCAGACCAAGCCCUGAGAAAGAAGAGGAAGAAGAAGAAGAAGAGGAAGAAGAAGAUGAAGAAGAAGUGGAGAUGGAGACCACAGUGGCCACUGCUGAAAGUAUCACUGAAUUAAAAUACAAAAAGCUUCCCGGGGGAGAUGUAACCACUGCAAUUAUUCCCGAGGAAGAAGUCAAAGUCGAGGAAGUAGAAGAAGAGGAGGAGGAGGAAGAAGAAGAAGAAGAAGAGGAGGAAGAAACAGCUUUACCUCACGAAGAUGAUUCGAUGGAGAUGUCGACUACGGUGGCCACUGCUGAACGUUUCACUGAGUUCACUUACAAACAGCUUCCAGGAGAAGCUUGAAAUGAACAAAAAGAAGACAAAAACCAGUUUUUAAAUAUCAACUGCCGUGUUUGCCACCUCACCGCCGUCGAGUUGGUUUUUCUUUUCUAAGUUUUUUUUUUUUCACUGGAAAUUAUGGCGCGUCUUUAUUUCGCCCGUCAGAAAACAAUUGGAUGAACUGACUGAUUUUUCUUGGAUUUUAUUAUAAUUAUUAUUAUAUAUACAUAUUAAUUUUUUUGUCUUUUUGUUUCUACCGACAUUUUAAUCUUUGGCUCCUCCCACUCCUUAAUUGCAAUCUUAUUUAAAUUACCCUGCCUUUUAAUUAUGUUACCUGUAUGUGUGACUUUGUGUGUGUAACGACUUUGAAUAAUGUUUUAACUUAAAAAAAGAAAGACAAAAAAAAACCUGGACAAUUUGACUCAACAAAAAUUGUAGUGAAAGAAAAAGAAAAAUCAAGUCGUUGCUCAUUUUCGUUUAAAAUGAUUUUCAAAACGAAGAUACAAAUGAAAGAUUUCAAAAACAAAAUACCUUUCAGUUUUUUUCUUUUUAAAAAAGAAUUGAUUCGCUUGUUUCUAGAUCGAGACUUCGAGAGACGCAUUUGUUUAUCGAAAAACCGCUACGUGGCCUGUUUGUCGUCAUAAUUUCUUCUCGUUUUCACAACUUCAUUUACUCUUGACUCGAUUGGCAUUUUCCACUUUCUCGACGCGUCUAAAUAAAUUUUGCGGCUUCACCAAUCCAGA